CAUUUCCAAUUCUCACCAACAAUUUGGCAAACAAUGGCUGGGUGGGAAGAUAGGGGGAGGCUGGGGGGUGUAUUUACUAUCCCGCUCUCCUCUCCUUCUCACCUUCUCCGCUCUGUCAUAUCCAAGGCGGAAGACCCCUAUUCUGAGUAUAUGAUUUCCACUCCUUGAUCUCUGCUUGUCGAGUCUGGUGUGAAGCUUUGGUUUCUCGCCGUUAUUUUAGAGCAACGAUGGCAGACGUAAUGGACCUAGUAACCUCCUCCGGCUACAAAUGCGAUGCUCAAUCCCCGUCAUACCAAGAGCUCCACCAGCAGCUUGGUGGCCCCUACCCAGGAGAUCCAACGACUCCCACGCCAUCCACACGCAACGGCAGUUUCCCCCCAGAAUCUUCCGCGAUGGCAGAAGCUCGCGCAAGGAGCUACCAGAAUAGCAAUAACAAUAACGAUCCUCAACAUAAUGGUAAUACCCAAUAUCACAACAGAGAGAAUCUACCAGAAGAGCCUCCACCGCCACAGAUGCAGACUGCGGAUGAGACAUUCGAGGCGGAUGAUUGUACAGUGCAGCUCGUCCCUUUACCGGAUGGGCCCGCACGUAUUGCGGGUGGGGGGCCGGAGGGGGAUAAGAGUAGUAAUAAUAACACUGGCGCCGUGGCGGUGCGGGGAGAGACAGAGCCGAUAGUCAUUGAGCUUGGGCCGGUGAGUAUGGGUGGUGCUGACCCUGUUCAAGGAAAACUUAGACUUGAAGGAGGAGAGGGGGGGUUAAAUGUUUUGGGGGGUGGGAUGAGGGAGAUGGUGGAUUUGGUUAAUAGACUUAGAGCUUCUGGGAUCGAGGAUUUGGGGUUGCCGUUGCCUAGAAUUGCGGUUGUGGGCAAUCAGAGUGCUGGGAAGAGUAGCUUGAUUGAAGCUAUUAGUGGGAUCAAAGUCCCUCGGUACACCGGAACAUGCACUAGGUGCCCUCUGGAAAUCAAUCUCCGUGAAUCAUCACUCACUACUGAUCCGUGGCAUUGUCGCAUAUCCCUCCGCUUCAAAAAACGAUACGAUCCUUCCCUAACCUUCUCCAACCACCAUCAUAUGAGCACGAGUCGCACACGCGGAAACCCGUGGGUCGAUCAAGUAACCGAACAGGUCCAUUUUCUAGACAUAACCAACAAGGGUCAGGUGGAGCCCGCACUCGUCCGCGCCCAACGUGCGAUCUUAACCCCAGGGCAGAAUUGGCGUGAAUUUGUUCACGAGGAAAAGGAAAAACCUGCUGACGAUGAGGAUUUUGAAGUGAAAUUCAGCCCGAAUGUGGUUUGUAUGGAGAUUACUGGGCCCGAGUUGCCGAAUUUGGCGUUCAUUGAUCUGCCGGGGGUUAUUCAGACAACUGAGUCUGAAAGCGAACAUUAUCUUAUCGAGCUGGUUACAGGAUUGGUGAAGGAGUACGUUCAGGAGGAGGAUUGCUUGAUCAUGCUUGCUAUGACGAUGAAGGAUGAUGCCGUGAACCAAUCGGCUGCGCGCCUUGCUAGAGAGCUCGGGGAGGAGCGCACUAUUGGUGCUCUAACUAAACCCGACACUGUGGGGCCUGGAGAGUACGGGCAAUGGAUCAACAUCCUCCGCGGUCACUCUCAUCGUCUCAAGCAUGGCUAUUUCGUGACGAAACAGCCGAACCAAGAACAGCUCGUUCAGGGGAUCACACAUGCCCAAGCGAGAGAACAAGAAGCAGAAUUCUUUGCCAAUACCGAGCCAUGGAAAACGGAGCUGACUGAUUUGAAAGAGAGGUUCGGAACAAUGGCUUUGCAGAGCUACUUGUCGAAAGAACUUGGGGAAUUGAUCAAGAAACGACUGCCGGAGAUAGUUGAGUCUAUCAGAGGUCAAGCAUCAGAGGUCCAAGAUGAGCUCGCUGCUCUUCCUCCUCCUCCCACUGACAACCAAACCCUGAUUGUGCACAACCUCGUCACACAAUUCGAUACCUUCGUCGGCGGCCACCUACUCGGCGGCCCCGGUCAGAACGAAUUCCAACAAGAACUCCGCCGUCUAGCAGAAGACUUCCAGCGCCGUCUGAAAGCACUCCGUCCAACACCAGUCUACUUCCAAACCAUAGAGCAGGAGAACGAAAUCGCAGCACAACUAGAAACUCCUAGGAAAGGUGAAGCAGGCACACGCCCCCACCGCUGGGAUCGUGAUGGCUCACCAACGCUCGCAGCAGCUGGAAGACGGGGAAGAAAGGCAGGAGGAGCUGGGGUAGAGGUUUGUACAGUAUCCAGUGACACCGAAGGAGCGACCGGGACGGGAGGGGCAAGUUCCUCACCGUUCGGGUCCAAGAAGAGAAGAAACGGAACUGAUCCAGGGCAAUCCACGCCGACAAAGAAGUCCAAACGAGCCUCCGGAGCAGCGGCGGGCAACAACACAGCGAUAGAACAAAGCAAGUCCUUCCCCAUCGUGACCACGGCCUCCUCCGGUCAAGCCCCGCUAAUGCUCUCCCAAGCCCACAGACUCACACUCCCACAAAUCAGACACAUAAUCGAGUCAACCGCUACUGCCCACAUACCCGGCCAGGUCGAUCCCACGGCAAUCACAAACCUGAUCCGUCAAUCCAUAAAUCUCUGGAACCCUGUGGUGCACGAAUUCCUCAAUAACUGUGGUGGAUUGAUGAACAGACAAGUGCACUACUGCUUCACCUAUGUCUUCAAGGAAUACCAGAAGUCCCCAAUUUUCCAAGGCGUGUAUGAGAUACUUAAUACCCUGGUCCAGGAAAACUUUGACCACCAAAAGACUGUCAUUGAACGGCUAUGGCGGUUGGAGCGAGAGCAGAUAUCAACGUUGAACGAAGACUACCAAACAUUCAUGGCAAACCACCACGAGAAGCUCUCCGAACGGCGGAAACGCAAUUUGGAAGACCAGCGUAAACUCGCCGCCGCUAACGCUGCUGCAGAGGCGGCCAUGAAUGAAGACAACAACCCUGGCGGUGGCGGAUCCACCCCUUCCCCACGCAAAAAGCGAAACCCAACGGCAGCUCUCCCCGCAGCAAUGCUAGACAACUCGCCCGACCCGUACAGGAAGGAAAUCGAAGUUUUGGCACAAGUCAGGGCCUACAAUGAAGUUGCGCAAAAACGCUUUGUGGAUAACGUCUAUAUGAGCAUACAAGGGGAACUGGUCAACGGCUUCCGCGGGAAUAUCCUGGACGCCCUGCAGAACGGAUUGGGGCUUAAUGGGCCAGAUGUAUCCGAGUUGUGCACCCAACUACUCGUUGAAGACCCCCUCAAGGAGCGUAGGAGGAAGGAGUUGCAAAGCAAGAGGGAGCAGUUGGAUAAGGCUAUGGAGGAAUUGAGUAGAUUGUGAUUUGGGCCCAACUCAGGGAGAUGAGAUUGCUGGGGAGGGGGGGGGAUAGUUCAUUUUUUUGUUUCCGUUUCCCCGCCUUUGCCGUUAUGUUUUUGAAGGACUAGCUUGAUGUAUCUUUUACAAACUUAGGAAUUUUUUCUUUACAACUCACUCA